AUGGCACCCCUUAGACCAUCGUUUCGCGCCGCCUCCCUCUUCCUUCGCCCUUUACCCCGCCGCUGUCACUCAACCUCCGCCACAUCCUCCGUCUCCGCCUCCGAAGUUUCCCACUUUUCCUCUCUCGCAACUUCCUGGUGGGACCCCAUGGGCCCCUCGCGGGUCCUCCACCUUAUGAACCCCCUUCGCCAUGACUUCAUCGCCUCCUGCCUCUUUGACGCACCCCCAGAAAACACGUUGGUUCCGGGAGCCAACCCAAACCCACUACACUACCUUGACGUUGGCUGCGGCGGUGGCAUCUUCGCUGAGUCACUAGCGCGCACAAUCCCGCUCCCUGAAUUGAAGACAGAAACGGCCGUAGAGACAGUGACCCGCGCGGCGUCAAUAACAGCUAUUGACCCCACUUCGACACUUAUCCAGAUCGCGCGCGAUCAUGCGCGCAAGGACCCCAAGGUUUCGGCACACCUAGACUCGGGACGGUUUCGUUAUGUGAACUGUACGCUUGAAGACGUUAUCGCACAAACGUCAACGAGUACGAGUUCAUGCCUGGACGGUGCAGGAGGCGAACUGGUGAAGAGGGAAGAUGGCUUUGACAUCAUCACACUCUUUGAAGUCAUCGAGCACAUCGACACAAACGCUUCGAUUUCCCCACUCUCCUUCUUAACGGACUGUCUGCGCCUUCUUAAACCGGGUGGCUGGCUGGUCGGGUCGACGAUCGCUCGGACGUGGCCCUCUUUCCUGAUAAAUCAGGUCAUUGCCGAAGCGCCGUGGCCGAUCGGUGUGGUACCCAAGGGUACGCACGAGUGGAGGAAGUUUGUGAAUCCGGAUGAGCUGGAGCGCUGGGCUAGCGAAGGAUUGAUGCAGUGCUCAGAUCUAGAGCGAGGUUCGAUUAUGAGGAGCGGAAGCGAGGCACUGAACGGGAUGAGGUGGAAGUGCGAAGGCGUGGUGUAUUUUCCUGGUCUAGGCUGGAAGUUUUUGCCUGGUUCAGAAAGUUGGGGGAAUUACUUUUGGGCAAUUAGAAAGGGGGUAUGA